AGAGCGAGGCCAUUUUAUACUGCACUCGCCACUGCUCUGUUCUGACUACCCACCCCACGACAUUAGUACUUUAAUGCCCCCAAUCCCGUCCGCUUCUCUUCUCUCUCCUCUUCCCUUCCCGCCGGCGACCAUGCAGCCGUUCCUCCGGCCAUCUCUCCUGCCCAUGGUUCUCCUUCUUCUCUCGCUGGUCCCGAUCAGCGUCCCCCUCUCCGCGCCGGAACCGCAACCCCCAACAACGUCCGACCUCAGCAUCACCGAUCUUAUGUCCAAAAAGGGCUGCAAGACCUUUGCCGAGCUCCUCCAUUCCACCAGCGAGGCCGGCGAUUCAUUUGCUUCUAACGUCGGCAGCGGGAUUACCGCCUUUUGCCCCACCGAUCCCGUAUUAAAGCCUUUUCUCCCUCGAUUCAAGAACCUCACUGCCGACGGGAAGAUCUCGCUACUCCUAUACCACGCCAUCCCAAUCUACUACUCGAUCCAGAUGCUCAAAUCCAACAAUGGCAUCGUGAACACCCUCGCCACAGACGGGACUACCAAGAACUACAACUUCAUUAUACAGAACGAUGGCGACGUCGUGACCUUACAGACGAAGGUCACCACGGCGAAGAUUACCGACACGCUUUUUGACCAGGAUCCGGUGGCCAUAUACUCCAUUGAUGAGGUGCUCGAACCGACGGAGCUAUUUAAGCCGGCGGAGGUGCCGGCUCCGGCGCCGGCGCCAGUGGAGGCUGCUGAUUCGCCGAAAGCGGCUGAAAAGAACCGGACGCAUGAGACACCACCAGCGGCGAGCCCGGGCGGGAAGGCGGAGGAUCAGAAGGCGGCGGAUAAUAACAGAGCUACUGCUGCUGCCGGUAAGUCUGUUGUCGGCGGUGCUGCUGCGGUGGCUGCGCUUUUUGCUUUAGUUUUUGGUUAGGAUUUUAUAUGUUUCUGUUCUCAGUUUUUUGCUGGUGAAAUUGGUUUGGGAAAAUAAGAGAGGAAUGGGAGAAAAUUUGUUAUCAUAGUGUGAUAUAUUUUGUAUUAGGAUAAAAUUAUUUUAUUGUUUGUGUUUUUAAUUU